CCCAGGUAAUUAUGUUAUCAGCUGAAAUCAACAAACCAACUUGGAACCUGCAGCACCUGUUUAUCAGCCCUGCUGUGUCAUAGUGUGCUUCAACACAGUAUACAGUGCUCAGUCAGUGUGGUGUACAUGGAUUGUGGGCUUUGAUUGAUGGAAUUUAUUCAAAAUUAGUUUGCCUAAAUUGGAUCCAAGUUUUCAUUACUUCUCGAGAUGGAACUGUUUUCAAAAGGAGAUUGGAAGACUGUGUUGAAGACAUUUGUCCAAACCAAUUGUGUCCAAGUAGGAGCUGGAUUUUUCUUUCACGUUAUCACGGAACUGGUUUCAAAAACAGAUUGGAAGGAUUUAUUGACAACUUUCGUCUGUGUCUGUUGUAUCCAAGUUGGAGCUGUAGUUUGCUUUCUUUCUAUAACGGAAGUUGUUUCAAAACCAGAUCGGAAGAAUUUGUUCAAGUUGUUUACCAAUAUUGGAUACAUCCAAAUUGGAGUUGGGUUUACCUUUCUAAUAGUCACGGAACUGAUUUUACAAAUAGAUUGGAAGGAAUUUUUGAAAACAUUCUUUGGCAACAGUUGUAUCCAAGUUGGAGCUGGUUUUUUAUUUGUUUUAACUGUAAUUACAUCAAACACAGCUCGAAGGAAUCUAUUGCUGAUAUUCAUCCAAACCAACUGUGUCCAAUUUGGGGCUGGGUUCCUCUUUCUUGUUGUAAUAGAACUGGCUUCAAACACAGCAUUACAGGAACUGAUUAUUCAACCAGACACCGAGUUGUUCAGUCACCUGAAUGACAUAUGGAUCACAGACUGGAAGCCUCUGUUGCAGAGAUUCACCAAUACCAAUUGCGUACAAAUUGGUGUUGGAGCUUUCUUUCUUGUUUUUGCAGAACUGGUUUCAAAAACAGGUAAUACCUGGACCAGCUUCCAAGUCCUGUUCCUUCGAUGGAUAAAACGGUCGACAGAGUAUACCGCAGAGCUGCGAAUGAUAGCCAGCUCCACAGAGCAGUAUCACAGAAGCGCCACCAUUGUGAAUGUUGCAGCCUCUUCUGCAGGGCUUGCGGGAGGAGUUCUAAGUAUCGCAGGAUUAAUCGCUGCUGCUUUCACAACGGACCGAUCGUUCAUUCUCGUCGGGAUGGGAAUGACUUUGGGUGUGGUUGGAGGGGCCACUAAAGUUAUAGCUUACGUUACCGAUAAUGUCACACAAAAGAGCAAACAGAAACGGGUUAAUGAGAUUGUAGAACAAUAUACAGAAGAGACCAAAUACCUGACGAAUGAAUUAGUUCUGAUCAACAGGGCGAUUCACUUUAUGAUUGAUGAUACAGAGAAAGACCUAGUUAAAUAUGCAUUUAUUAAUGCGUCUCAAAGUGUGGCAUGCAGUGUAAGCUGUACCUCUGCAGUAACUUUAACAGUGACCAGAAAUACCAUGGGCACUUUCAUUGCUCUUUCCGGAAUUCUGUCGGCACUCACUGUCAUGUGGGAUCUCUGUUCCAUAGUGAAAGAAGCGAGGGAACUUUACAGAGGAAGGAGGACUGAAAUUGCUCGGAUGAUCCGAGAAAUAGCUCAGCAUAUGGAAGACGAAAUUCAGUAUAUAGAGAAUGAGAUAUCAAAGUGUGAAACUAAUUUUAACGAUCUGACGACAUUUCUUAAGGAGCAUGGAUCACACAAAAGUCAAAUUAAUAUCACUGAUCUUCUGAAAAACCUAUUCCAAAAUCAGAAUGAGAAUCAGAAUCAGGUUUAAUAUCACUGACAAAGGUCAGGAAUAUUUUUUUUAUUAUGCGGCAGCUGGACAUUUCAAUUCAUUAAAAAAACUUAUAAAUUACUAUAAGAAAAAUAUCAUAAUCAGCCACAUUAUGUGCCAUGUCGUAUGAUGUGGGCAAUCAUGGCCUUCCUCUCUCUAUCCAUAAGCAUGUCUGUUCUUAGCACAUUUUUCUGCUGAAAAUUAGCCAUUGCCUUCUUCUGGGCAGUGUCUUUCCAGCCAUGAUCAAUAGUCUUCAGAGAUUGUCUGCCUGGCGUCAGUGGUCGCAUAAUCAGGACUUGUGAUAUGCAUCAGCUACUCAUACGACCAUCCACCACCCGCACCCACAGGUUCAUGUGACCCUGAUCGGUGGGGUGGGGUGGGGAAUGUAAGCAGGUGCUACACUUUGCCCAAGAGUGACCUGUAGGCUAGAGGAAGGAAGGAAUGCCUUCCACCUCCUUUGGUCGAAACAUAUCUCCACCCUGCCACCCCAAGAAAUAUAUAUACAAAUUAAGUUAUUUAAGUAGUGUAAAAAGAGAGCUAAAUUAAAUAGUGGGGUAUUGUUCUUGGACUCGUUUAUUGUCCAUUCAGAAAUUUCAUGGCAGAGGAAAGAACCUGUUCCUAAAAACAUUGGGUGAUUUCAGGCUUCGGUACCUCCUCCAUUUUGGUAGCAAUGAGAAGGGGGCAUGUCCUGGGUGAUGGGGACCCUUAAUGAUGGACGCUGUUUUUUUUGAAGUGUGACCUUUUGAAGAUGUCCUUGAUGCUGAGGAGGUUAUUGCUCACGAUGGAACUGGCUGAGUUGACAACUUUCUGCUGCUUUACCUGAUGAUGUUCAGUGGUCCUCCAUACCAGACAGUGAUGCAGCCAGUUAGAAUUCUCUCCACAGUACAUUGUUACAAACUUUCCAGAGUCUUUGAUUACUUACCAAGUCUCAUCAAACUCCUAAUGAAAUAUAGCCAAUGUCAUGCCUUCUUUGUAAUUGCAUCAAUGUGUUGGGCCCAAAAUAGAUCUUCAAAGAUGUUGACACCCAGGAAUUUAAAACUGCUCAUCCUUUCCACUGAUGAUCUCUCAGUGAAGACUGGUGUGUGUUUCCCUCGACUUCCCCUUGCUGAAGUCCACAAUCGAUUUCUUGGCCUUGAUGACGAGGACGGUGUCUACAUCCAAUACUGCACCGAUGGCAGCCUGUUCGACCUGAGGCAACUACAGUCCCACACCAGGACAUUGGAGCAACUCAUCUGAGAGCUACUCUUCGCUGACGAUGCUGCCCUUGUUGCCCACACAGAGAUAGCCCUGCAGCGUAUAACAUCCUGCUUCGCAGAGGCUGCCGAGCUCUUCAGACUGGAAGCCAGCUUGAAGAAGACAGAAGUUCUCCAUCAGCCUGCAGCUUAGGAAGAUUACCACCCUCCCUGCAUCAGCAUCGGUGACGUAGAGCUGAAGACAGUCCACCAGUUCAGCUGCCUGGGGUGCACCAUCUCGUCAGAUGCCAAGAUCGACAAACAGAUUGACAACAGACUGGCAAAGGCAAACAGCGCAUUCGGCAGGCUGUACAAAAGAGUCUGGAACAACAAGCAUUUGAAGAAAGGCACAAAGAUCAGCGUGUACAGAGCCAUUGUACUGACCACCCUCCUGUACGGCUCCGAGUCGUGGAUCACCUACCGUCACCACCUACGACUCCUUGAGCAUUUCCACCAGCGCUGCCUUCAUACCAUCCUCAACAUCCACUGGAGUGACUUUGUCACCAACAUCGAAGUCCUCCAACAGGCGAAGAUCACCAGCAUCGAGGCCAUGCUGUUGAAGACACAGCUGCGCUGGGCAGGGCACGUCUCCAGGAUGGAGGAUCAUCACCUGCUCAAGAUUGUACUGUAUGGCGAACUCUCCACUGGCCACUGUGACAGAGGGGCGCCGAAGAAGAGGUACAAGGACUCUCUGAAGAAAUCCCUUGGUGCCUGUCACAUUGACCAUCGCUACUGGUCUAAUCCAGCCUCCGAUCGCGAGGCCUGGCGACACACCAUUCACCAGUCUGUCUCCUCCUUCGAGAACGCAUGCAGGGCUGGCAUUGAGGACAAAAGGAGAAGGAGGAAGAACCGUGACACAGCAGCACAAAACCCAGAACAGAAUUUCCCUUGCAGCCACUGUGGUCGGACCUGCCUGUCCCGAAUUGGCCUCGUCAGCCACCAGCAAGCCUGCAGAAGACGUGGGCAGCUCCCUUCCAAAAUCUUCGUUCGCGAAGCCAAGCCAUGGUGAUGACUUGCAUUGAUUGCAAUGUUGUCUUUGUUUGACCACUCAACCAGCUGAUCUACCUCACUCCUGUAUGCCUCGUCAUCAUCAUCUGAAGUUCUGCCAAUGACAUUUGUAUCAUCAGCAAGUUUAUAGAUGUGUUGAAGCUGUGUCUAGACACCCAGUUAAGGGUGUAGUGAGAGUAGAGCAGUGGGCUAAGCACGGAUCCUUGAGGUGUUGAUUGUCAGCCCUAUUUCUUAUCUUAAUGUAGUUGUUGUCACCACCAUAUAGGAAGUACAUGACGAAGUUAGAGAGAGCACAGUAAAGAUUCACAAAGAUAUUUCCUAGUCUGGAGGGUUUGAAUUAUUGGGCAAGCUUGCUCAGGCUGGGAUUGUUUCUCUUGGAGCAGAGGAGGUAGAGGUGCUCUUAUAGAGAAAUACAGAAUGAUGAGGGACAUAGAGAAGGUAGAUAGUCACAAUCGUUUUCCCAAGGCAGAGGAGUCUAGAACAAGACAAUGCAAAUUUAAGGUGAAAGAAAAGAUGUAAAGUAGAUUUGAGGGUUAAAUUUCCUACACACCGGGUGGUAGGUAUAUGGAAUGAGCUGCGAAAGUCGGUGGUAAAGGUAGGAAUAGUUACAACUUUUAAAAUAUGGCACAUUUGCACAGGUACAUGGAUAGGAAAGGUUGAGCUAAAUGCAGGUAAAAUGGAGUUAGCAUGAGAAACUUGGGCUGAAGGUCCUCUUUCCAAGCUGGAUAGCUCUAUGAAUCUAUGUAUAUAAUUUAUGGAAUUAUGUGUGUGUAUAUAUAUAUUGAUAGAUAGAUAGAUAUAGAAAUACUGAAAACAUAUAAUCAAUAGUUGUGUUUCUCUAAACCUGCAGGAGUCAUUGUGCCUAUCCAGUACCAUUGUUUGACCUUUGUCAAAGGUUAUUUGAAUUGAGCUUUGUUGCUGUGGUGUGAAGAAAAUAUAUAAACUGCUGA